GCGGAAGUAGCAAGAAGACCGGUAAUUCUUGAUUCAACAGAUGCGGUGGCAAUGAAGCUCAGCCAAAGUUCCAAGGUCGUUAUCGAGAUUACACAACCCCGACAUCGGGCUUUUGAGUCUUCUCGCUCUCGAUCAUCAUCGCUUGCAGCAGCAUUUGGAAGUGCCCCUGCCCCCUUCUAUCCUCAACAGCAAUAUGGAGGGGGAAAGUUGUUACGCCAUGCAAUUUCACAACCGAAUAUGCUUAUACAUUCUACGUCAUCUAUCUUGGGGCAACGUCGAUCUGCGUCUCCUGAUGAAGAAGGGAUGGUGCUUGGGUCUUCUAAAAAGCAUUGUGCUGGCUCCUUAUCUGGUCCUAAGGAGGAAGAGAGGGGAAGUGGAGACAUCAAUAAGAGCAACGACGAUGAUGCUUCUGCCAUUUUUACUGGAAGGGCCACAUCAAUUGUGGCAGGCAAUCCAACUCAGAAACAGCGUGGUAUACCCACUUUAUCUACCACUGCUUCUGCUUUCAUAAGGCCUCAGACUACGGGACUAAACUCUACUCACAAGGAUGGCCAUGCUGCAGGCUACAAGGAUAAAAUCGGUUUGGAUGUCCGCGUGGCUUUAUAUGGCUCUAAUUCCGAAACUGACGUUGAACCCAAGUAUACCGCUUCUGCUAAUGAAGGAAAGUCUACGGUUGGUUCUCCUAUGAUCGAGGCAUUAGGUGUGGCCAAAGCCUCUUCGUGUAUGAAAUUCGAACAUCAAAAGGAACUUGGAAUCGACUACUCGUUCUUCACAAGGGUAGAGACUGCUGGCUGGAGGAUAUUGAUCCCACCUAACGUUGUGGCCUCAUUUAGAUCUGAAGACUUUGGGCUGACUUUGAAGCCCAAGGUUGUAGACGCUGGCGUCGGCCUUGGCAAGAACGGAUCUUCAGUGGUAGCUAAUGAUACAGACCCAAUAGCCAUUAGCGGCGGUAGCGUACCAACUACAGCUGCUAUACAAAAGAUGGAGAUGGGCUGCAGUUUUGAGAGCGCACCGCUUGUAUACGAGGAGGUCGAUGAUGUAGGUAUGAUGGAGAUUAAUGGGAAAAAUCAGAUAGAGGAUGAAGCAACUCAAUCUAUCAAAAAUGACGACGAUAUGGUAGAAGCUGGCAGCCAUGUCCAAGGCACCACUGCUACAAACCUCGCAGCAGCAGUGGAAGAGAUAGGGGAGGAAGGGAUGAGAGAAGAAGAAAUGGCAACGAUGGUAGAGAGUCCAAUCGUACAGCCACAGAUUACAUCAGAGGAUGAUCAAGAGAUGGAUGAGUUGGAGGAUUAAAAAGAAAGCUUUUAAAUCAAGGUGCUUCCUUUAGUCACUAUUAUUACAGCUUCAGGCCAUAUCAUUCUCUCUAAAACUUCAGUUUUCUCUUCCCUUUCAUUCAUAUCCUCACACGUUCAUAAAAGCAC